AUGAACUUUGUACCUUUCGUUGUCUUCGGGCCGCAAACCGAGUUACCAGGCCAAGCAUGCAUCUCUCGCCUGCGACAUGACCUUCUACACGCACCAGAAUUGGCUUCGUUCCGGGAUGCCGUGCGAGGCUUGCCUGAUUUGUGGCCAUUGCUUUUGGAAAUUGAGCCCGGAAUAGAGCAAAGCAACGGGCUUGAAGCGUUUACGAGACUGCGGAAAUGGCUCGAUACAGGGGUUCUGCAAGAAGAUGCAGCCGAUAUCUCAUCCCUAAAUGCCCUGCUGUCUCCAUUGACCGUCAUCCUGCAUACGGUACAAUAUGCGAAAUGGAUAUUGCGGACUGGACAGCAAGAUCCACCCGCAAAGAGCGUCUCUGCGUAUGGCAUGGAAGGGAUGUGCACGGGUUUCCUGACAGCAAUUGCUGCAGCUCUGUCAAAUAGCGUGCAGGAAUUCAGUCGCCAUGCCUCAGUUGCUUUACGGUUAGCGGCCUGCAUCGGCGCUAUUGUUGAUUUGAAUGGAGGAUGCGAGGAUCCGAGUGAGAUAAUGCAGGCUGUGGUUGUCCAGUGGGACACGGAAAUGUUAGGCCUCCUCCAGACCAUGGCUUAUCACCCAAAGGCGUAUAUAUCGGUUAUAAGGGAUGCAAGGAGUGCAACUGUGGUGGUUCCUCACUCGGAGAUAGCGCCAAUAACGCAGAAGCUGUCUUCACACGGUCUGAAAACAAUUCCACUUCCCCUUUUAGGCCGUCACCAUCACCCAUCAAAUUCCGACGUGGCCAAAAAACUGAUGGAUCUCGCCCGGUUAAGGCCUGAUCUACAGUUUCCCGAUGCUUCAAAGCUUCGCACACCACUAAGGAUUGACGGGGAUUACGGAGCUGAUAAUCAAGAAUGCAUACUGCAUGAAUUUGCAAUCAAGUCUUCGUUGAUGGAACAGCUCAAUUGGCAGGCAAGAAUUACCGCUGCAUUAUCACAGUUCAAAGACGAAGGCUGCGAAAAUCUAUUGAUUACAACAUUCGGGCUUACCAAUUUUCUUCCUCGUGCGACAAAUGGAUGGCAGCUUGUUGGGAAGAAGGUGCAACUUUGCGAGGAAGCGCACCAACUUCGCCUACGUCUGCUGUCAUCUAAGUUAUCAGAAUCCGAGCUAAGCACACAACUUACACCUCCAAAUCUCAACUUACAAAAUGGGAUUGCCGUCGUAGGCAUGGCCGGUCGUUUUCCUGGCGCCGACUCCUUGGACGAGUUCUGGACUUUGGUGAAGGAUGGGACUUCAAUGCUCUCCGAGAUCCCUGCGAAUCGCUUCAAAGUCGGCCAACUGCGUCGAUCAUCAAGCGAUACUCGCUUCUGGGGCAACUUUAUGCGUGACCCAGAUGCAUUUGACCGGCAAUUCUUUAAGAUUUCCUCCCGAGAGGCAACUUCAAUGGACCCUCAGCAGCGACUGCUAUUGCAGGUUGCCUACGAGGCAAUGCAGUCAGCACAAUAUUUUGACGGGAAUAAUAAAUCCCGCGAGUUUGGCUGCUAUGUCGGUGUUGGCUCAGUGGAUUAUGAAGGCAAUAUAUACUCGCACCAACCUACCGCAUAUUCUGCGGUUGGGUCACUGAGAGCGUUCUUGAGUGGCAGGAUAUCGCAUCAUUUUGGCUGGACUGGUCCAUCUAUCACGUAUGACACAGCCUGUUCAUCCUCACUAGUGGCUUUGCACUCUGCAUGUAAAGCACUUUUGACCGGUGAAUGCAAUGGAGCUCUGGCAGGCGGUGUUAAUGUCAUCACCAGCCCGGCUUUGUACCAGAAUCUCGGGGCUGCCUCAUUCCUUAGCCCAACGGGUGCCUCGAAGGCAUUUGAUGCCGCGGCAGACGGAUAUUGCCGUGGAGAGGGCUGUGGUCUUGUUGUUCUCAAAAGGCUCAGUGAUGCGAUAGACGAUGGUGAUCCAAUUCUUAGUGUAAUACCUGGUUCUGCAAUAAACCAAAGUGACAACAGCGUGUCAAUCACCGUGCCGCAUUCGGAAUCGCAGAGCUCUCUUUACCGCAAAGUCCUGGCACAAUCUGGUCUAAAACCAUCGGAUAUCUCAUAUGUUGAGGCUCACGGUACGGGGACACCGGUUGGUGACCCUAUUGAGUGCCAGAGCAUCCGCAACGUGUUCGGUGAUGCAAACCGAAGUACAAAGCUCCAUAUAGGCUCCGUGAAAGCAAAUAUCGGACACCUCGAGGCUGCCUCUGGAGUUGCAGCCCUUAUAAAAUCCGUUAUGAUGAUUCAGAACAAAGUAAUAACCAAGCAGCCCAAUUUUGUCUCUUUAAACCCCCGGAUUCCUCCUCUAGAACCGGACAAUAUGGCUAUUACCACUGCUACAAUUCCUUGGGACUCUGACUUUCGUGCUAUAUGCAUCAACAACUAUGGUGCCUCUGGAACGAAUGGGGCGUUGGUGGUUUGUGAGCCCCCAACACGGCAUAUGGAACGCGCCGUACGUCAACGGAUUCCACCCUCAUUCUCCAAGCACCUUAUCUCUAUCUGUGCAAAUUCGGCCUCUAGUCUUCAAGAAUACUGUUCGUCGUUGCAGAAACAUGUCCUAUCUGCUGUUGAAGCUGAAUUGCCCGACUAUGCUUUCAACCUGGCACACCAGCAGGAUUACACUCUGAAAUACCGUAGAUCCGCCAUAGUUGAGUCAAUAGACCAGCUCCAUUCUUUACUUUCCGCUUGGAAAGCGGAUGGCAGUAAAACUAUUCAACAAACGCCGAAUUCAUCAAAGCCCAUAGUGCUUUGCUUUGGAGGACAUUCCGGCCAGACCAUCGGCUUGGACAAAACUAUAUACGAAUCUGUGGCGGUCUUCCGCUUCCAUCUCGACAACGUCUGCGAAACGCUAAGUGAGAUUAAUGGGAUUUCAAUAUUCCCUCACAUACAUAGCAUAGACCCAAUUGAGGACGAAGUGGUUCUCAAUUGCUCUUUGUUUGCUGUUCAAUACGCUUCAGCAAUGUGCUGGAUCGACUCUGGAGUUGUCGUUGACACUGUUAUUGGCCACAGCUUCGGCCAAAUAGCGGCACUGUGCAUUUCUGGCGUUCUAUCAUUGAAGGAUGCUUUGAGCUAUGUUUCUGGACGGGCAGCCCUUUUUGAGAGAAACUGGAGUGCUGAAAAGGGUGCCAUGAUUGCCGUCAGGGCCGACUCGGAUGCUGUUCUACGCCUCAUUGGGGACAUUUCCGAGAAACUUGAGAUUGCCUGUUACAACAGCCCUACAGACGUUGUUGUUACUGGCUCAACAAUUGGCAUCGAGACACUUGAGAUAGCGGCAACGAGAGCAGGCAUACAAGCCCAAAGACUCAACACAAAUAGAGCGUUCCAUUCUAGGCUCAUGGAUGACGCGCUGCCGGAGUUAGCAAAGCUUGCAUGCGAAUUGACGUUCAAUAGCCCUAAAAUACGCAUCGAGACUUGUACAGAAGGUAACAGCUGGCCGACCUUCGACGCUGAUCGAUUACUAGCGCAUUCUCGUCAACCUGUUUACUUUAAGGACGCUGUACAACGUAUCCAGCAGAGGCUUGGAACUUGCGUUUGGCUAGAAGCAGGUUCCAAGUCUGGCGUGACAAAACUCGUAUCGAAAUGCGUGCGCAAUGAUUACAGCCUAGUUCCAGAGCACGUUUUCUUACCUGUUGAUUUGUCGGUCGGAAAAUCCGAGAAUUCUCUAAUCCAGACAACUUUCAAGUUCCACGAUGCCGGAUAUCACAUAGAUUACUGGCUCUAUCAUCGUCGCCAGAGACAUCUUUUCAAGCAUAUCAACUUACCUCCUUAUCAGUUUGAUAAAUCACGAUAUUGGCUCGACUUCAAAGACUUUCUGGACAGUAAUGACUCCCAGGAAGCGAUUGAUACAACUGUUCAUAACCCGAGAAUUCUCCAAUUUCUCGAACAUCGCGAUACAGCACAAGAGAGCGUUGCCGUGUUUGCGGUGAACGUAGGAUCCGACAGCUUCCAGGCUGCUGUCAGUGGACAUGCUGUUAUGGGAAAUGGUCUCUGUCCAGCAUCGCUGUAUAUCGAAUUGGCUGCCCAAGCAGCUGGUCAUUUGAAUCAUCUUUCAGCCGUGUCUCUCCCUCAAGUGACAGACCUUCGCAUUCUGGCACCAUUAGGCCUAGAUAAGAGACACACGGUAAAAUACGUACUGAGGCGACUGCAUUCAGCGGAUGCAAACUGGAGCUUUACCCUGAUCAGCCUUGGAGAAAACCGAGAAACGCAUCACGCUUCUGGCACCAUAAGACUUCGAGACGUCGUCGAUCAAGAUCUCCACACAAGGCGAGAAACGCUUGAACAUUUUGUGGGAGUUGGCCGAUGUAAUACACUACUCGAAGACAAACGGUCAGACACAAUUCAAGGAUCAAUUGUGUACAAAGUAUUCGACAGGGUGGUGAAUUACAAGCAAUACUACCAGGGAGUUCGACAAGUUUCUUCCAUGGGCGCUGAAACUGCAGGUGUUGUCGCCAUGCCUGAAUCAUCGGUUCAAAUUUUUGCAGACGAGACUAUCUGCGCACCGCUGAUCAUGGACAAUUUUCUGCAAGUUGCUGGAAUACAUGUCAACUGUCUUCGGGAUGUUUCCAAGGAUGAGUUGUACAUUUGUACAUCGGUCAAUGAAAUGCAGAUCUUCGCGACGAUGGAACAGAGUGCUAUAGGGCCGCAGUCUUGGCUGGUGUAUGUCUACACGAAGACACAUGGAGAGAAGGUUCUUGAAAGUGAUAUCCUAGCCUUUGACCAGGAUAGUGGCUCCUUGUCUAUGGCCCUUCAGGGAGUCACAUUCUCACGAGUGAAUAUCUCCUCCUUGGCGAGGACUCUUCGUGCUGCCAAUCCAAAGACUGAUGAAUUAACCUCGACUCCUGGGCCAUAUAAGCCAGAUAUCACCCGGCCUGCAAAUCCUAUCCGAUCAGACAGACUGACCGCUGGAAAGCCAAAGCCUGCUAGAUUGCAGAUGCAACAUAUCCACGAGACGCCCAAAAUAUCCUCUGAGCAGGUGAAAGGGAUUUUGAGCAGUAUUACAGAUGUACCGGUUGAGCAGAUCAAUGACAACGAUACGUUGGACGCUCUUGGAAUUGACUCGUUAAUGACAACCGAGCUCGUAUCAGAGAUCAAGAGAGUCAUGCAUAUUGACAUCUCCCCCAAUGAAUCAGGACUAUACUCCACAGUCUCAGCAUUGUCCAAUUACCUAUUGACCAAAUCGGUUCCUUCUACGUCUUACUCGGUGGCAUCUACACCCACAGACCUUUACUUCAUGGAGGUAAAUGGAUUCCUAAGCAAAAUAGUGGACAUACCCGUGCACGAAAUCAACAAUGAGUCCACUAUGGACGAACUUGGGAUUGACUCGCUCAUGGAAAUGGAAGUCCUAUCCGAGAUUCAGACAGCUUUCGGAGUCAACAUCCCUUCAACUCAAUUCCGCCAGCUGUCAGUGGCAGAUUUAUCAGAACUUCUGCAUGCGGAUCAGAAAUCAAGAACUCCACCAAGAAGAAAUCCCCCGAGCAGCGUUUCUGCUGAUGACACGGUUGCUCUCACGCCAUUUACUGUGGUCAGUAGCACAUUUCCUUCGACAAAUAAUGGCUCGCCACUUGCCACUUUCCAUGACGGGAAUGAGACCACGAUCUCGCAUGGAUCAAUAAUUGGGGAGCCUGCGAGCGAUAUUCAUAAAGUCUUUGCAGCUAUCAAAGAUGAUUUUGAUGUCUUUGCAGCCGAGACACAGCUUGCUGGAUUCUACUCCAAUGUAUAUCCCCUGCAGCUGAAAUUGGUCACGGCAUAUAUCAUCAACGCGUUUGAUAAAAUGGGCUGUUCUCUUGCAUCCGUUCCUGAGGGGGCAAUGAUUCCAGUAAUUUCGCAUGUUCCAAAGCAUGAUAAGGUGGUCCGGCAACUCUACAAUAUCCUGGAGGCUGCAGGCAUUAUCUAUCGAUCGGACGAUCGUAGCUACAAGCGAACACGGCAGACUGUCAAUACCGACUCGUCAACUCAGGCACUCCUCGGAGAUAUUCUGAACAAUUUUCCACAGCAUUCGGAUGAACACAGGCUCCUGAGCGUCACAGGACCGCAUCUGGCAGAAUGCUUGCGUGGGACAACCGAUGCUAUCAAUUUGAUCUUUGGCAGUCGAGAAAGUAAAGAACUAUUGAGCAGCGUCUACCUGAACGCGCCAAUGUUUGCCACUGGUACUAAGCUUCUCUGCGAAUUCCUGACCAAACUCGCACCCUCAUUACGCAGCGCCAACAAUCCCAUACGCAUUUUGGAAAUCGGCGCUGGCACCGGCGGCACGACGAGAAAUGUCAUUUCGACUCUAGAACUCUCCAAAGUCCCCUUUGAAUAUACCUUCAGUGACAUUUCAGCGUCAUUAGUGGCUGCAGCAAAAAAAACCUUCGCAUCGUGCAAGCAGAUGAGUUUCACAACACUAGACAUCGAGAAAGAACCUAGCCCAGACCUGAUGAACAAGUACGACAUUGUGAUCUCGACAAAUUGUAUUCACGCCACGAAAGACCUGACAGUCACAACGGCAAAUAUACGCAAAUUGCUGAACGACGCUGGUAUCCUCUGUUUGAUUGAGUUGACUCGGAAUCUGUUCUGGUUCGAUUUGGUGUUUGGUCUGUUGGAAGGAUGGUGGCUGUUCAACGACGGACGAAAGCAUGCACUGGCAUCAGAAUCUUUCUGGAAAGAGAGUCUGCUGCAUGCAGGAUAUGGCCAUGUGGAUUGGACUCAGAGCAAUAGCAAGGAAUCCGAGCUUUUGCGCCUGAUUGUCGCACAUAAUAAAGCGGUUCCAGUGCCAUCUUCACAUGCGUCUAUUGAGAAUGCCCAAACAAAUCAUUCUUCAUCAUUUAACUCACUGAAGAAUGGAGAACCUUCGCGAAGUCCGUCCCCGUUCGGACAUCAUGGUUCAGUCAUCCUCUUGACUGGGGCAACAGGCAAUCUGGGAACACAUCUACUUCAGAGUCUAUUAAACCGUGAAGAAGUUUCGCAAGUAAUUUGCUUGAAUCGCCUUACGAGACAGGAUCCAGCGACACGACAGGCCGACGCACUCAAAAGUCGAGGAAUCCAAAUUCCUUCAAACUGGUGGUCCAGUCGAAUCCGAAUCUUCGAGACCAAAACAGAAAGUGCAAAUCUCGGCUUGGAGCCUGAUGCGUACCAGUAUCUAUGCAACAACACAACGCAUAUAGUGCACAAUGCUUGGCCCAUGAGUUUCCGACGACCACUAUCAUCUUUCGAACCCCAGUUCAAGGUCAUGGAGAACCUGCAGCAGCUUGCUCGCGAUAUUCGAAUUGUGCAGCGAGCAAAGGGCCUUACUUCUCUUCCACGGCUUCUCUUCAUUUCUUCCAUUGGCGUAGUUGGCCAUCAUCCCGCCAUACUAAAGCAUGAGCCUGUACCAGAGGCGCCGGUACCAAGUGACGGCUCUUCCAGUCUAGAAAUGGGAUACGCAAGGGCAAAACUGCAGUGUGAACAGAUGAUCCAGAACGACGCUUCUUCUGAAGAUUCAAUGGAAUCCUGCUUUGCGCGUAUUGGCCAAAUGACAGGGACUCGAGAGCAUGGAAUAUGGAACUCUGAUGAACAUUUCCCCGCAUUGCUCAAGGCAUCGCAAGAUAUCGGUGCAUUGCCUAGAUUAGAAGGGAGCGCAUCCUGGCUCCCCGUCGACGUCGCCGCAGCAGCAGUCAGCGACAUUUUACUUGAUCCUCGACCGCCUCAUCUCGUCUACCACAUUGAGAAUCCGGCUCGGCAGCCCUGGAGCGAGAUAAUAGAGCAACUUGCCCAGCCCAUACUCGGUGACGGUGCCGCGACGAUACCGUAUAAUGAGUGGCUGGCACGCGUGAAAGCCGCACAAACACAUGUAUCCCACAGCCCGAUUCAGAGUCUUCUUGACCUUUUCGAGAGAGACUUUACACGCAUGGACUGCGGUGGUGUAGUGUUGGAUACGUCUCUGGCUCAGAGUGUGUCGCCGUCGUUGCGCGAGGCGACUGCGGUGGAUGCGAAGACUAUCUCGCUUUAUGUGUCGAAUUGGAAGCGGAUGAAGUUUUUGCAGUGA